GCCGCGGUGGCUGCCGGGAUGCGCCGCAGCGAAUGGUCGCGCCUGGCGCCGCUCUGAGUGACCUUUCACCCGCGCCCAGUGGUCCGGAGCGGCAGCACUAGGCGGAAGCCAUGGCGGAGGCGGCGGCUGCGGCUGCGGCUGCGGCUGCGGCGGGAGAGACGAGUGCGAGCUCCGGCUCUGCCGCCGAACGAGACCCGGACCAGGACCGCGCUGGGCGGAGGCUGCGUGUUCUCUCGGGCCAUCUGCUGGGCCGGCCCCAGGAGGCUCUGAGUACCAAUGAAUGCAAGGCGCGGAGAGCCGCGUCGGCGGCCACGGCGGCGCCUACGGCCACUCCCGCGGCACCGGAGUCUGGCAUCAUCCCCAAAAAGCGGCAAGAACUCAUGAAGUGGAAUGGUUGGGGAUAUAAUGAUUCCAAGUUCUUCUUAAAUAAGAAGGGCCAACUGGAGUUGACUGGGAAAAGAUACCCUCUUAGUGGUGUAGCUUUACCAACUUUUAAAGAUUGGAUCCAAAAUACCUUUGGAAUAAACCUGGACCAUAAAACUACCUCUAAAGCAUCCUUAAAUCCUAGUGAUACACCCCCUUCUAUUGUAAAUGAAGAUUUUCUUCAUGAACUUAAAAAAACCAACAUUUCAUAUUCACAAGAGGCAGAUGAUCGAGUAUUUAGAGCUCAUGGUCAUUGUCUUCAUGAGAUAUUUUUGCUCAGGGAAGGAAUGUUUGAGCGAAUUCCUGAUAUAGUUUUAUGGCCGACAUGUCAUGAUGAUGUAGUUAAGAUUGUGAAUCUAGCAUGCAAAUACAACCUCUGUAUCAUACCAAUUGGUGGAGGGACAAGUGUUUCAUAUGGCCUAAUGUGUCCAGCAGAUGAGACAAGAACAAUAAUUUCUUUGGAUACAUCACAAAUGAAUCGAAUUCUCUGGGUCGAUGAGAACAAUCUGACAGCUCAUGUAGAGGCUGGUAUAACAGGACAAGAGUUGGAAAGACAGCUUAAAGAAAGUGGUUAUUGUACAGGUCAUGAACCAGAUUCCCUGGAAUUCAGCACUGUGGGAGGAUGGAUAUCUACUCGGGCAUCAGGCAUGAAGAAGAACAUCUAUGGAAAUAUUGAGGAUCUGGUGGUUCAUAUGAAAGUGGUAACACCUAGAGGUGUGAUAGAAAAAAGUUGUCAAGGACCUCGGAUGUCAACAGGCCCAGAUAUCCAUCACUUCAUCAUGGGAUCUGAAGGAACUCUUGGUGUAAUAACAGAAGCUACAAUAAAAAUCAGACCAACCCCUGAAUACCAAAAGUAUGGCUCGGUAGCUUUCCCUAAUUUUGAACAAGGAGUAGCCUGUUUAAGAGAAAUUGCAAAACAGAGAUGUGCUCCUGCAUCUAUUCGCCUCAUGGACAACCAGCAGUUUCAGUUUGGUCAUGCUCUUAAACCUCAGGUUUCUUCUAUUUUUACAUCAUUUUUGGAUGGAUUGAAAAAGUUCUAUAUUACAAAGUUUAAGGGAUUUGAUCCAAAUCAGCUAAGUGUAGCAACAUUAUUGUUUGAGGGAGACCGGGAGAAGGUUCUUCAACAUGAAAAACAAGUGUAUGACAUUGCUGCAAAAUUUGGUGGAUUAGCAGCUGGGGAAGAUAAUGGACAGAGAGGUUAUCUGCUGACCUAUGUCAUUGCAUACAUGCGAGACCUGGGUUUGGAGUAUUAUAUAAUAGGAGAGUCUUUUGAGACUUCUGCUCCUUGGGACAGGGUUGUAGACCUCUGUAGAAAUGUAAAAGAAAGAAUAAGAAGGGAGUGCAAAGAGAAGGGUGUUCAGUUUCCUCCUCUUUCUACAUGCAGGGUGACGCAGACUUACGAUGCAGGUGCAUGUAUCUACUUCUAUUUUGCCUUUAACUACAGGGGAAUUAGUGACCCACUGGCUGUGUUUGAGCAAACUGAGGCAGCUGCUAGAGAAGAAAUCCUUGCGAAUGGAGGGAGCCUGUCACAUCAUCAUGGAGUGGGCAAGUUACGGAAGCAAUGGCUAAAAGAAAGCAUCUCUGAUGUCGGCUUUGGGAUGCUGAAGUCCGUCAAGGAUUAUGUGGACCCCACUAACAUCUUUGGAAACCGAAACCUUUUAUAAUCCAUUACUAUCAUUAUGAAAAAUGUCACUUUUUUCUUUUUAAGACUUCAACAAUGGUUAUACCAGUAAUCAAAUAUAUCAUAGACUAUAUUUUAACCCUUCUGUUUGUUGGUUUAAAGUAAGUUUGUUUUCAUUAUGUGGUUUGUUUUCUCAUCUAUGGAUCAACAAAUGGUAUUCCUACAUCUCUCAUUGUAGGUUUAUCAGUUUACAGCCAAUGGUUGUCAUUUCAAAUCUUAGGUAGCACAAGUCUGCUUGUUACUUCAGAGAAAGAUGCUGUCAGCUGUUUUGUAUGGACGCUUCCUCUUUGGAAACAGGCAGAUUUUGGUAUCAUCUACUGCUUAACUAGCCUCUUCUAAAAAGACCAUUUCUGGGAAGCAGGUAUCUAGAGAAAGAGUCCACUGAGGAUGAUACAUGUAUGUUUUUUAAGAGAUACUCUACUGUGAGUAGGCCAUUACAGAAGUGUAUUCAUGAAAGAAUACAGGCAGCCUGUUACUAGGGUGCCUUUAGUUUGUAAGGUGCUUGGCCUGCAGUUUCUUUGAAAUUAGUAUAUAGUUGUAAAACCUUAAAUCACCCAUAUAUAAUUAUUUUGUGAGGGGACACAUUUUUGUUCUCCAUGUUUCUGUUUCUACUGAGGUAUGAGUUGUAUUUGUAUCGCUGAAGUAAUCUAUUGUUACAUCCUAAAUCAUUCAUAAUAUGUUUUGUAAGAAAAGCUGAUACCACUCAUUGUAUGUGAAAGAUAGGUUUACCAUAAAACGAAUGUCUUUACCCAGCCCAGAGUCCUGAUGUUUCUGCUGUUGCACGCUUGUGACUGAGCUACAGAAAAAGCUGCAGCAGAUCAGAAGGAAGACUCCUAACCCUAGUGUCUCCAGCUGAAAAGAACUGUGUGGCUAAAAAGCAGUAAUUGUUCAGCUAUUGAAUUUCAAAGCCUCAACAGUUUCAGUGACUUUUUUUUAAUUAACCCAACAGCAUGAUAAAUUUUCAUAUAAAAGUAAAGUUUGAAUUUAGUUCCUAAUGGUUUAAUAUCUUUUUGAAUUACUGGUUUAACCUUGAUUUUAAAAGAAAUGUGUUAAUGCAUAUGCCAUAAUCAGAAAUUUGAAUUACCUUAUUUCUUAAAUAAUAAGGAGCAUUAAUCACAUUUAGAAAACAUUUUUACAUUUAAACCUGGCUAUUAAAAUGAGUGAAAUGAUUAGUUUAAAUUACUGUCUUGACAAGGUUCAUGAUUCACAUUUUGAAAUGGAUUCUUUUCUUAAUACCUAACUUUUGAUAAUUUUUUAAAAUUAAUAUUUAAUCAGAUAAUAUAAGUCAAAAUGCAGAUGAUUCUUUAAAAGGACACAUUGUCUGACUAGCAUCAGCUCCAAAGUAUUUUUGGGCAGUUUGAUACCUUUUAUAUCUGAAGUAGCCUUAACCAGAAAAGCGAAAAUUUAAAAAUGACAAAAGGUAUUUUUAAGACAUCAAAAUAAUAAUUUUGACUAUUAAAAUUGGCCUCAAACUAACAAACUUAAAUCAUAAGCAAAUCAAAAUUAAGUACUAGUUUAACAACAAAAACUAAAUAUUUAUUUUUUGGAAACUGCCUCUCUUCAUUGGUGAUUUAUUUUUAAUUAUAAAAUUUCCAGCAGAUCUUUUCUUAAAGCCCUUGAGGAUUUGAAAUAGUUGGACACUUUGAUGAGGAGAUUGGCUCUAGAAUUACAAGAUUAUCAGCUUUAAAAACCACAUCUAUUCAUGAAGAUGAUUUCUCUAAUUGGUGAUCAAAAUGUAAAAUUUAGUAAGGUACUAAUAUCUCACUGGAAGUGUAUACAUGUUUCUGGAUAAUUUUUUAAUAAAACAUUCUUCACAAGCAGAUUCAUUCCUUUGCAUGUGAUUGUUAUAACUUUCUCUCCCAGGGAGUUUAGAUUACAACAACCUCAGAAAUCUGUACUUGAUAUUACAAAUUUAUAAAUUUAACACUUGAAAAUAUUGUGCUCACUGUUUUACAUAAACCUUAUGGAAACUAGUGAUUGUGUGUGUGUGUGUGUGUGUAUGUUCUUGUUGUUGCUGUUGUUACUUUCUAUGUAUGCAAGAUUCACCUUGGUUUUAUAAUGGUGACUACAUUUUGUAGUUGGAAUCAUCUCUACAGGGAUCAUUUUUAAACUUAAGAAAGUUCAUCAGUACUGUGUUACUCUAAUUUAGUAAAGGAAAGCUUUCCCCCACUCUCACCCACCCACUUCUGGAGGUACCUGGAUACAGACUUAGUGUCUGUAGAGGACUUAGCUCAUGAAUAUGCACAAAAGCACUUAAACCAUAGCUCUCAUUCCUGAAGUAUCUGAAAAUGGCUUCACAAGAGUCAAAGAUAGGAGACCAUUGUUUAUAUGAGGCUUCUUAACUCACUGUUAAUGAGUUUAUUUAUUUAGGAUUUUAAGUCUAUAGCCUAGUUUUCAGGACUGUGUAACACUGACUUCUCUUUCUUGAGUUGUCAUAUUUGUAAUGUUUUACUUAAAUUCAGUGAUGUCCUUUGGGCUGGGACUUGAGUGGGAAUGGGAACUUGCAGCUGCUGGAGACAGCAUUGAGGACUAACGUAUGUGAACAGGCUUCAUUGAUCCUUAGAGAAACGGCUGCCUUAAUGUUUGGUACAGUUUAUAGUAGUGCAUAAGUAUUUAAUCUUAUGCGUGUAACUGAGCUUUUUUUGUUUCACAAGAAUUGUGGAAGCCACAUGUUUAUUGUACCCAGUAUUUUACCAGAGAAUUAAAUUCUUUCCUCUUCUGAAAAAUAGGAAGUUUUCUUUCUAGAGUUCUUGCAUAUUAUAGCACCAGUACUCUAAAGUUAUUUAUUAAGCUAGAAGCCAUCUAGUGUACAUAGCUCUCUUGAGGUAUAUUUUGGAAAAUAAAAGUGCAAUAAAGGAUGAGCUGCCAUCAAGAGUGUGUAUUAUGCCGAGUACAGAUGGUUGCAAGGAAACCUUUCUUUCAGAAAAUUGCAUUAGCAAGUAAGUCUUAAAUUGCAUUUUUGAAAAUACCUUUUGCAUGUUGGCCCCAGAGAUUCUCUCUUGUCAAACUGUCCUGGCUAUAGCUUAUUAACUGUGGCUGAUCAGAGACCUCGUGAAGUCCUAAAUUGAAGUGUACUCCCUCAAGUCUUCAGAUGGGGCUGGAUUUGGUCAAACUUCUAUUUGAUACCAAUAUUAGAACAUAGUUGUUUACUCUGGAUUGAUUCACAAGUUGCAUGUAGUAGCACUUGAGACUGCCAAAGAGAGGCAUAUCUGUGGAAAGCAUAUCUACAUUUUAACGAACUUUGAGACAGAUUAUUAUAGCUUGAGUAGCUUAUUGUUUACCACUUACUCUUUAGCAACUUUGAUUUUAAUCAGGGAUUAUUAGCUCAUGGUAGGAGGAAAGCAGAAAGUAUUACAAGGUGCUAGGUUACAAAUGCAGAAUUUUGAGUGUUCCCACGUUGGCCUUAGUAGUUAUAAAGCUUGGUUUUUCACUCAAGGCUUUAUGUUCCCAAAUGAGCCAUAUGUCAGCAUGUUCACUUAAUUCUUAUUAAUUUCGUUUCCUGCAGAGGGGAAGAAGGACAUUGGUACUAAAAUCUAGACUGUGUAAGCUUUACUUAAAGCUGCUAAAAUAGUGUCUGAUACGAAGGAUGUAAGUUACUCAGCUUUCUGUUCCCUAAGCCAAAUAGUGUUGUCUUCAGUGUGAAAUUUAACUGUAAAACCUGCUUGUAUAAAUGUCAAAGAGAUUAUAGAAACAUUAUUAAUAAAAUGGACCUGGAUCUAAAAGAUUUUCUUCUUCAAAGGGAGUGUGAAGCUGUUUUUUCUUCUGUUUGCAUAUUAGCUCUUCUUUGAACCUUAGUUUUGCAUCUUUAUAGUCCACUCAUUUGAAAAACAAAAUUGGUUUCAUAUAGUUUUAUUGGUACAGUAUAUCAAGUACAAUCUGUGAUCAAAUUCUUUGGAUCUGUAGCUGAGUAUAUCAUUACCUACCCAGGUUGUAUAUUUUAUACCAAUGUUAAAUUCCUCAGUGCUUAGUCUUCUGUGGUCCGAAGCAUAUCCCUUUUAAACCUUGGAUGUUCCUCAAAGAAUAAAGAGCCUCAUUCUUUUCUAACCACAGCAGUUAAUUCCUUGACAAAAGAGGGAAGGACUGUGGAUAUAUACCACAUUCAAGCCAAAGAACUGACAGAACUCAGUAACUUCAGUUCUGUGAUUCUGAAAAGAUUUCUCUUUUGGUUCCCAAAGGAAAUUACUUUGCAUAUUUUUCACAAGAUAAAAUAAUACAUUAUGUAUUGCUAAGUACAUUUUUCAGAUGCUCUGAAUUCCCAUUCUGAGAGAAAGAAAAAAAAUUUUAGUAUUUCUAAGUAACAUAUAUAAUGUUUUUAAGACAUUUGUUAGUAGGGUUUUUCAUGAGCACCACAGGGACCAUUUGAACAUACCUUAAUUCUUAAGUUAAAUAUCUAAAAGGACAUGAAAUGCUUGUACUGGUCAGUCUUUAUAUAAGUAGUUACUUAUUGACCUACGUAAACAGUAUCCCCUCAAGCUCACAGUGCCUUGCUGAGUUCCUCCUGCCCCCAUCAAAUCGCCAUUUGAAAUGAGUAGUAGAGGGUAGGUCUUUAAAGAUAGGUUGUUUUGCAAUUCAAGGCUCUUCCUCUUCAGGAACAUGUCAGGAAUUAAGCAGUUGUGUGUAGAAAUGCUGAGAAUCUUUUCCACAGUGUUGAUUUGGAUUACGUAGUUGAGUGCAUGGUGGACCUGUACUCACAUACAUCUCAUCAGUCAGUGGGAUUUGUAUCCACUUUCAUUCCUACGUUUUCACCCCUACUGUCUGACAUCGGGGCCCUACGAUGUGGCUUGGCAGGUGCGGCAUCCUCACUGAGCCUUGAGAUGUUCCCUGCAUGCUUUUGGAUGUUUGCCCACACAGCUCGCUAGGAGCAGCGCCUGGAAGGAGGGUUUCUGUUCCUUACGUUGUGGUCAGUCCUUUUGUGUGAUGGUGCCUUCAGAAUAACACAUUUCUGUUCCUGGGCAGUGAUAAAUCUUAUGAGAAAUACAUGUAAGUUACAUCAUCAAUCUGUCUUUUGUUUUUGCUAAGCCUGUGAAAUAUUUUGGCUCUGAUACAACUUGACUUGAAUAAUAUCUUCUCUUGAGUCUUCCUUCAAGGCAGUGUGUAUUACUGCUAGUACUGUAGUAAUCUUUUGGGAAAUACAUGUGGGUGAGCACUUGUAUGUAAGCCAUUAUACUGCUGUAACUAAUGCAUACAAACAAUUCUAUAUAUGUUUAUAGUCUAAAAGUGGAUAUGUAGGGGGAAGGAAAAUUCCUGAGAGAUUUUAGCAUAGCUUUGUCAGUCCAAACUGAGCCAUACUGCUUUCCAAAAGGGCUCAAACUCAUAGUCUAUAUCCUGUGCUUUGAGAAUAUGUUUGAAUUCUCCUUUAUUGGUUUUCUUAGACUGUACCAUUCUAUAAGCAAAUGCCCAUGUGUAAUUUUUUUAAAGAUGUGCUGGGAACUAAUAAACAAUACCAAACUGC